AUGCGUUUUAUAUUUCCCUUUUCCCCUUUUCUCCUAGUAUUAUGCUGGCUUACGCAUGCUGCGUCUAUCCCCCCUCACGAUGACAAUUCUACAACGAUCGAAGCUCGCGACCGUGGUGGUUACCGCUCGGUAGCAUACUUUGUCAACUGGGCCAUUUACGGAAGAAAUUACAUUCCUCAAGACCUUCCUAUUGAAGAACUGACACAUGUCCUCUACGCAUUUGCGAACGUCCAGUCCAGCGGACAGGUUGUUCUAUCAGAUACCUGGGCGGACACUGAUAAGCACUUUCCUGGUGAUUCCUGGAAUGACCCAGGAAAUAAUGUGUAUGGCUGUGUUAAACAACUGUACUUGCUCAAGAAGAGAAACCGCAACCUGAAAGUGCUCUUGUCUGUUGGUGGAUGGACUUAUUCCCCUAACUUUGCAGGGCCACUUAGUACCGCAGCAGGGAGGGCACAAUUUGCAUCUUCAGCAACCACCUUGGUCCAGAACUUGGGAUUCGAUGGAAUUGAUAUUGAUUGGGAAUAUCCUUUCGACAGUACUCAAGCAGCCAAUAUGGUAGCUACCUUACAGGCACUACGACAAUCCCUAGAUGCCUACAGCUCAGCAAAUGCAAAUGGAUAUCAUUUCCUAAUAACCGUGGCUUCACCUGCCGGCCCUUCGCACUACCAACAACUCCAGCUGUCCGCCAUGGACAAAUACAUCGACUUUUGGAAUCUUAUGGCCUACGACUAUUCGGGAAGCUGGGACACCAUCGCUGGGCAUGACGCAAAUGUUUACGCAUCCAGCUCUAGCCCGAGUAGUACGCCUUUCAACACUGAACAAGCCAUCGAAUACUACACCUCCAAUGGCGUAGCCUCGAACAAAAUUGUACUAGGAAUGCCACUUUACGGUCGAUCUUUCAUGAACACAAAUGGACCAGGUACUUCUUACAACGGUGUUGGUAGCGGAAGCUGGGAAAACGGGGUGUGGGACUACAAGGCCUUGCCUUUGGCCGGAGCAUCCGUUAACUACUUGGAUCAACCUGUUGCGAGUUACAGCUAUGAUGCUUCAAAGCAAAUGAUGGUCAGCUAUGAUACACCACAAGUUGCACAGAAGAAGGCACAGUACAUCAUUUCCAAAGGUCUUAGUGGUGGAAUGUGGUGGGAGAGUAGUAGCGACAAGAGCGGCUCCGACAGUUUGAUCGCUACGGUUGUCAACACACUUGGAGGCACUGGGGCUCUAAGACAGAGCCAGAAUCAACUUAGCUAUCCGGCUUCUGUGUACACCAACCUGAAGACUGGAUUUCCAAACAACUAG